AUGGCAGCGACAAAGGUGGAUCAAUUACUUCAUAUUGCUCCAAUUGAAGUGAGAAAAAAUGUUACAACAAGUCCACAUCCUCUAUCAGAAACAAGACAUAUUACCGCUAUUCCCAUAAAUUUUAUGGAUAUAGGCAUGCAGCAAAAUGGUGGGAUUAUCCUCUGGAAUACUCCAGGAUUUUUGGAUACAAGUGGCCCUGUACAAGGAAAUUAUACUAAAAACUGGAGAGUUUUCUAUUCACCCUCAUGA